AAUAACGAUAGUCAAAAGUAAAAAAAAAUUGUAAUUUUUUUAUAAAAGUAUAUUCUAGUGUAGCAAAAUAAGAAAAAAAAUAAUACAUGGUAAAAUUUAAAAAAAAGUUAAUAUUAUUAUUUGAAUCGUUCCUCUUUUUUUAAAGAAGAACUUUUUCAAACUAUAAUUUACAUUUAUUUCAUAAAUAAAUUUAAAUUACAUAAAAAAAAUUUAGGGUAGAGGUAUGUGCUAAUCGGAAGUUUAUCCAAAAACUAUAUUUCAAGUUUCAGAAUCAUCAAUCGAAAUUAAACAUCAAUUUACAAUGAACAGCGCGUCAAUCUUCAUUCAACAGUCAUCAAACUUUCAGUUUCUUUCUGUUUGUCAUUACAUUAAUAUUUUUGGCAUUUAUUUCUACAACAAUGAUUUAAUUACACUUGAUGAGAGAAAUCAGACUAUUCCUGUUUUGAAUACAUUGUUUGAAUAUCUCAAUAAAUUCGACAACGAAUACGAGGUGAAACUUAAACUUCUCAAAAAAGUACUAAAAGGAAGUGAUCUCUAUGGUGGCGAAGAAAAUGAAACACUUGACAUGAAAUAUGUAAUUGAAACCUAUCAGUACAUCAUUAGCACUGCUCUAUUUUCCCAAUACGGCAACAUUAAUGGAUUUUUAGCUCAAAUAAUAAAUAAGGCAAAUAAUGUAAAUUUCUCAGCACUUAAAAAAAAUGUACAAGAAAGUCUAUCUCAAAAUAACAUAAGUAGGGACUAUUGUUCGCCAGAUGAUAACAAUUAUAAACUAACUCCACUGACAAUUAAAAAAGUUUUUGAUGAUCACAUUUGGCCAGUUUUUCCCCAACCCGAACAAGAAAUGAGCAUUAUGGAAGUGAAUUACAUAUACGCAAUGGUAGGUUUAAAAAUUGUUAGAUCUGUUUCAUCAGAUAUUACCAAUCUUACGUUUCGCGACUAUGUUCUAAUCGCACGGGAGCUUGAUUUACAGGAUUUCAAUAAUCAAACCUAUGAAAUGGUAUUAAAAUUAUUCUCAACCCCUGCUUUAUUUUUUUACGCCUAUCAUCAAAAGGACAAAUUCCAAAAAAUAGAUCAUCUUACUCAAAAUAAUGAAUUUUGGAUUGAAGCUUAUGAAUUUUUAUUUUCACACAUUAGUUCAACAAUGCUUCAAAUUGUACAAAAAGAUAUUAUUAACAGUCUACAUUAUAAACUUGAAAAUAAAAUCAGUGCUAUAAAAAGUCGGACUCUCAUUGCCAUAGAUAUUCUUAAAGCAUAUUGCGAUUAUGAGAAUUAUCAACAAGUCUCAUCAGUUGAUAUAGAAAUGUAUAAAACCCUAUACCAUUGGACACUAAAAUUAGUUCUUCCCAAACGUUGCCUAGAAUACGAUUUACCCGAAUUAGAACAACGAUAUCAGGAUCAAUUCACGAGUAUACAAAAGUUGUACCAUGCAAUUGAGAGGGAUGCAAUUAAACAAGUUAUAAUCGAUGGUAAAUUAAUGAAAAAAAUGAAUUCAAAUGCAACUGUUAUGCUCGCUGAAGUUCCGACCUAUCCACAGCGUUGUACAUACUGUUCACCUACCCCUCGAAAGGCAAACGACGGAAUAUAUCUUCUGUUUGCUAUAAAAGAAGAAAAUAAAAAAUCAUUUUACGCCCUUAAACAAGAUGAUAAUAUUCUGAGUUUACUUAAAAACAAUGAUAACGAAAAGGAAUUUGCCAAAGCAGUUGCCAAUGAUUCCUCUUUAAUAAUGGAAAUUGCAAUAUUUUCCAAGACUCUUAAACAAGAUAAUGAAGAUCACAGAGGAUUUAUUAAUAGAGUUGCGGAUAUAAAGACAACACAAUUUAUAAAUAAACUGAAAAAUUAUUAUUAUGACGAAACAAUUGGUGAGAAAUUUCUAAAUGUUUUAAAAUGUCUUAUUCCAUUUUAUAGUUGCAUUGAAGAUGUCAAAGCAGGAAACAUAGUUGAAUCCGCAUUUAGCUGUACCUUAGAUGUUCUCAGUCUGUUACCAAUAGCAAAUUUGGUAACAAAAUAUGCAAUGAAACUAAGCAGUAGCUUUUCAAUACAAUUUGGUAAAAUGCACUUAAUCACUAAUACUCUUGCAAGAGCAGGGAAUAUUCAUAAAUUUUCAAAACUAACAAUGUUGAACCAAAUUUCACAAACAGCUAUUCGAACAAUCGGAAGAGAAAUUAUCACUAAAAGCUUCUUCAAAGAUUUAGCUGUAGCCUCUCUUCAAACAUUGGAUCCUGGAUUUGAAAUAUUUUAUCAUGUAGGCCGAUUUGGUUCUCAAGUACUUGGCAAACUAUUUCAAAAUAUGAUUUCAAGUUUUAAAAGCAUUCCCUCACUUAAAAACAGUAUUUUGUUAUUAAAAUCUUUAUUAAAGAGUGUAAAACAAAAUAUGAAUUUACCAACAUAUCGGACAGGAUUAGUCCCAAUGGUUUUAGCUGAAUUGAAUGAUUAUAACGUUGUUAAAUACUUUUAUCCUGGUGGGUCGAAUUUUUUUGGACCUACAUGUGUAGAAUCAUUAGGAAUAAUUGCCGAAUUAAGAAGCAUCGAGGAAUAUCCAUUUCAAAUUCCAGUUAUACAAGUCAAUUCACCUGGAGAGAUUUCCUACAAACAAUACAUUCCAAAAAAUGGUAAAAUCAUUAACACUAAACUCCAAAAAAAUAACAACGAUAUUCUUCAUCGAGUUGGGUAUCUGUUAUACGAAAUGGCAACUGAAGGAUAUAAUAUAAAUAGAAUUCAUAAUUAUCAUGUGUAUCAUAAUACAAGAAAUCAAAUUCCUGCUAAUGAAAAUCCGUCUGCAAACGUAAAUCCACCUGCAGAAAGGCCACCUACAUUUUGGGAAUUACUUCAAUUUCCCGUGAAUGCAAGACAAAAUAUAGUGCAACAACCUAAUUUACAACAAUUUCCUAAUCCUCAAUUUCAAUCUGGAAACACAGCAAAUUAUAAUUAUCCUAAUACACCCAACUCUGAAUUUCAAGUUACUUUAAGAGGUAACGUAGAAACUCAUAAUUUUCCUCAAAUUACGAACGUCGAAUUUGUCACUACAUUAAGGGGAAAUAUAGCAGGUCCCAAUUUUCCUCUGUCCAUGAAUUUCGAACUCCCAUCUACAUCAAAAGGAAUAGUAAAACCCGAAUACAAUUCUCCACAAUCCAUUAAUAAUAAUCCAUUACAGUCUAUGUCUUUAAAAAAUCAUUUAAACACUGGAGAGAAAGCACCUUCAAUCAUAAAAUUUCUUCAUGCUAAUACUGAUUUUUCUAAGUCAUUUAAUCCAGAAAUUUCAGGGACCUCAAUAAAUGAAAACCUUCCACUAGAAGCAGAUUCAAAUAUUCCGCAGAAGAUCAGAAGAAUAGAAGAUUUAGAAACUUUUCCCGAAUAUCGUCACAAAAAAUUUGAUAAAAAUAUCCCAGAAGGAUUGACAAGAAAAGAUUUAAUAUUAAAAGAUUCAGAAACCUCUGUACAAGAUAAUAUACAAAAAAAUAAUGUUAUUGGGAGAUUACAACAAUUUGUAGAACAUUCAAAUCCAUUACCUAAUGAAAAUAUCAUAAAAGGUCCAAGAAUUUAUAGAAAAAUUAUAGGAGUUUCAAUGUAUUCAAAAUAUGUAGAAAUUUUAAUAAAGUUGAAAAAUAAUGGUUUGUCCUAUGUGAAGAAAGUUACAGCAAAAGUAAAUUUCUUACGUACUGUUUUAAAUAAAUUAGCCCUCAUUCAAUUGAAUGAAAAUUUUCCUCUACAAAUACCAAAAAAAUUAUGGUAUACUGAAAUUGUAAAAGGACAAAGGAAAAUUGAUUUUUUGAGAAAUUUGAAAGGACACACAUUUUUCUUUAAUGAUAUUACUCUGUUAAGAAAUAAACCACCAGGUGUGUUAGUACCUAUUGAUCAAUUUUCUUUCUCAGUAGAAGUACGAUAUCACAUAACUAUUAAUUCUCCAUAUGGAUUUGUAGAUUUAUCUAAUUUUCAUUUUGCAUUUCAAGAUGAUUAUAUCACAUUCAAUGACGUGUUUUUUACAGUAACGGACACAUUUUUUACUGAACAUAAUAAAAUUUUAAACAUUGAGUUGAAGUAUAAAGAUGUAUCGAUUGAUGACUGGCGGAAGUUAAGAGAGCAAGAUAUUAAAAAUUUGUUUCAGGAAGAUAAAAUUGUAGAAUCUCCUAGAAUGCAAAGUAUUAAUAGAGCUGCAAAUUUUAUGACAGAAAAUGCACCUUUGUGCACUUUUAAAUUAACAAAGAAUUUUUUUUCAAAUUACAUUUUAAAUCCAUUUCAAGUUACUGGAAGUCGUGUUCCAACUUACGCUAUGUUUGCCGAGCAAAUGAAAAAUAUGAAAAUUGUAAAUUCUUUUGAAAAUUGGAAAAUAGACUACCAUCGUUACACUUAUGAUGUGUUAUAUGAUUAUAUUAUAGAUGAAACUGUUGGUUUGUCUGAAGCACAACGAAAAAUUAAUUAUUUAUAUGAUUCUGUUUAUUUUCAAAAUGUAGAAGAGGUAUUUGAUAAUUAUAAAAGAAAGAGAAAUAUUGAAAUGCAUAUUCGAUUUGAGGAUUAUUAUGCAUUAUAUUCUUACAUAAAGAAAACCCUCGUCAUGAAUAAAGAUGGAAUGAAUCGAUUUGAAGCUGCAAUAAAUCGAGUUGCACUUAGACAAUGUAAUAAUCUUGUAAGACCAAUUAAACUCUUUAGUAGUGGAAUUUUUAAUAGAGAAAUGACAGGAAAAAUUUUUGAUUCACUACAAAAGAAAACAAUUAUUUCAUUUAAUCAAUUAAUGAAGUUUUCUGUAAGUCGAACUACGGAAGAGGCAAAAUUUCUUAAUCAAGCAAAAACUUUUCCUGAAACUCGAUUUUUAAUGGAACUUUCUUUAAAGAAUCAGGCAGGCGUUGCUGACUUUGAUCGUAUUUUAAAUGAUGAAAAUUUAUCAUAUGUAAUUACUUCAAAAUUUGAAUUCUUAGUUGAAGAUAUUCGUUUUAAAAAAAUUCACAAUAAAGAAGUGAUGAUUCUGAAAAUGAAGGAUUAUGAUAGUCCAACAGAAACAAGAAUGCUGCAAAUGUCAAAAAGGCUUCAUGAACUAUUUUCAACAGAGACAAAGUUUUAUUCAAAUCUUUAAAUUUUUGGAAAAAAAAUUUAUUUUAUAUUAUUGUUAUACGGAAAAGAAUUAGAAGAUACGAAAGUGUGUGCAACAUUGCGAGACAGGUUAAGGAGAUUCUAUUGUAAAGAGAAUUAAUAUCAAGAUUUUAAUAAAAUUUGGUGUACUUGUAUAGAUAAAGCUUAUACAGAGAAAUAUAGUUAAAUUUUGGAGAUCUGUAGGUACUUGUGAAAAAGUUACGAUCGAUUUAGUUUUUAAACAUUUAAACAUUGGUACUUACGGGCAUU